AGAUCUCACAGAAAACAGACUGUGAACGCAGAGCAACAACAUGCGGCGGACACAAUUCAAUAAAAUGUAUCUUUUACUGCUGUUAUCGAUGUUGAUGUGGGCGUCGAUGGCUGCUGCUCAGUCCCGCUGUGACCCUCUGACUCAGUAUGAGAAGAAUGGCCAGUGUUGCAAAAUGUGUGGUCCAGGCACCAGGAUGUCCACCGUUGGCACCUGUGAAGAUCCUCAGUGCACAGAUUGUGGUGAUAAUGAUUAUCAGGAUAAAUACACCACUGAUACAAAGUGCACACCUCAGCCGUACUGUGACCCACAUAAAAACUUUCAGGUCCAUGUCAAUAAAAACAAAAAGGAAAAAAGCGCCUGCAUGUGUAAAGAGGGAUUCCACUGCUCCAGUGCCGUGUGUAUAACCUGCGUGCCGCACACAACCUGUAAACAAGGAUAUGGGGCUAAAACCACAGGCAGCCAUGCACGCGACACAAAGUGUGAGGAAUGCAAAGAAGGCACAUUUUCCGACGAAAUCUCGUGGAACGGCGUCUGUAAGGAAUGGUCAGAAUGUCGGGAUGGAUACCACGUUAAGCAAAAAGGAACAAACACAACUGACAGUGUCUGUGAGAAAAACCAGCGAAAGCACGUCGUGAUCUGUCUCGUGACUUUAGUGAUUGUGACUCUAGCUGCAAUUUCACUCACGUAUUGGUUCUGCAAAGGAGAUGCAAAGGAAAAGGUAAAGGUGUGUGUUGAGUCAUGUUUGGGAGAACAGAAGGAACAACUGACAGAAACCAGGGUGCCGAUAAUGCACCCGACUGGUCCCAUUGAGGAGGAGUCCAUGUUUUCGGAGAUGCGGUCCUCACAGGAAGAGGGUUGUUCGGGGCCGGAGGAAAACGAGCAUCAGCCGAACCAGGAGGCGUCAGCGGCGGGUCGCACUGAAGGGGGAAACUUUUUGGCUCAGGAGAACGGGAAAUCAGUAGUCAUCUCCCGACAGGAGUCACAAACGCAGUCUUUUAUAGACUUGGCUGAGAGUGUAUAAUUAUGAGCUGCUGUGUUGCUGCUGCAUGUUUUCCUUGUACAUAAAUCUUCCCCUAAAACUGUAAAUAGUAGCUUCACAAUAAAUGUAAAUCCUGUAGAAGUGAUGAAGUUGCAGUGUAACUAUAUUCAGGGUUCAUACGGUCAUGAAAAACCUGAAAAAAGCAAUUUCCAUGCCUGGAAAAGCUUUGGGAAAUUAAAUUUACCCUGAAAUUUCUGGAAAGGUCGUGGAAUUUUGUUUUACGAACCUGUAUAAUAACACAUGAUGUGCUCAGGCACCAUCGGAAAUGUGAGAAUCUGACGGUGAUUUCUGUUUCUACAUGUUUUGGCCGUGAUAAAUGGUGUCAUUUUUGUGAAAA